AUGGCGAACGACUUUGCUAUAGCUGACGGGGUUCCUAUGGGUUUGGAAGAUAUGCGAGGCAUCCCUGUUGCGUUAAGACGGCAGGGGGGUACUGAGAUCAAAUGCCCUUACUGCGGCAAGAUGCACUACCACCCUCCUGGCUCAGGGCAUAAUGAAGCUCAAUGCGAUGAGGAUGAUCGGUGUAGUGUCGGCAUUGUUGUUGGUGAAAGGUCCUUUGUUCCUAACUAUGGAUAUACUAUAGUCGAAUACCUUGAGAAGGACGGUGUCAACAAGAUCCUUCCCAUUGAUGAAGACAGCCCUACUUCUGACGGAAACUAA